UUUUUUUGUAGUGUGAUCAUCCUCGAGAAGAAACUUCUUCCAUACCAACAAACGCUAAUGGAUCCUCCCUUCGGCCACUCACACCACCACCACCAUCACCACCAACGCGACGAUAACGAAGAUGAUCGUCAAUCCUUCGGCGCACCACCACCGCCACGCAACAACUUCGCCGAUGCUCCACCACCCCCUGGUCUUUACCACUCACAGCCUCAUCUCGAUCCCUACGCGCCUCCUCCGCCAGUACCGUCGCCUUACGGAUCCGAACCUCAAUACAACGCCUACGCUCCUCCUCCGCCUUACUUCGAAGCUCCGGCACCACCGCCUCAGUUCGGCCACGUGAGCCAUGUCAGCCACCACACUUCCGAAGAACCAUACCCACCAGACCACCACCGUUUCGGAGCUUACCCGCCGCAUAAUUCGUCCCUGGAAAGCUACGGAGACAGCACCGGCGGCGUCGUGCACGUGUCCCACCAUAGCUCACAUCAAACCGACAUGCCUUCUGCUUUCCACCACCUCCCUGAUGAUGAAAACCGUCUUCCUGAUAACCUCGCCGGACUCGCCGGAAGGCAAACGGUGAAGGUGUAUUCCAAAGCAGAGCCUAACUAUUAUCUGACGAUCAGAGACGGUAAGGUCAUUCUCGCCCCAGCCGAUCCUUCUGAUGAAGCUCAGCACUGGUACAAAGACGAGAAGUACAGCACUCGUGUGAAGGACGCAGAGGGCCAUCCUUGCUUCUCUCUUGUAAACAAGGCCACUGGUGAAGCCGUGAAGCAUUCUGUUGGAGCUACACAACCCGUGAAUCUAGUCAGAUAUGAUCCUGAUACGCUUGACGAGUCUGUGCUGUGGACUCAGAGCAAGGAUCUGGGUGACGGAUAUCGAACGAUAAGAAUGGUGAACAAUGUGGGGUUAAACGUUGAUGCGUUUCAUGGUGACAGCAAAUCUGGUGGUGUUCGUGAUGGCACAACUAUCGUUCUUUGGGACUGGAACAAAGGAGACAACCAGCUUUGGAAGAUCUUUCCUUUCUGUAAGCUUUUUCUUUAACCUUUUAUUUGUUUUAUAAUAUGAAACGGCGUUGGUCAAAACGGGAAGUAGAAUUCCAAUGAGCUUAAUGUAUCAUCAAGUUGUGACUUGACUUUGACACCAUGGUUAGAUCAUGUCCAUAAGAUGAGUGUUGUAAGAUAAGUAGAGAAGUAUAUUGAUAUUGUCAUCCUCUCUCUCUUUUUUAACUGAAUGUUGUAACUGCAGGAAAAUUGGCGGGUGAGAGUGGUAAAAAGUGGUUAUAUGUAAUGAAUAAAUAAA